UGUCUAGCAGCUGUUUUGGAUCCAAGGUGUAAGUUGAGAGUGCUUGAAUUUUGCUUUCCAAGACUAUAUUCUUCAGAGAAUGUUGAGAGGCAAAUUACUAUUGUUCGGAAGACACUAUAUGAGCUCUAUUCUGAGUAUAUGAUUAUUUCCAACAUUGAAGACGAGUCAAUUGGAGAAGGGCAAAGAAACAAACCAUCGAAUCGAGAUCUUACAAAUGUUGAAACUCAAUGUGGCUGGUCUGAGUAUGCUGAAUAUCUGAAGUCAGUGGAAUCUAUUCAGCCUCAAAAGUCUGAACUUGAUUUAUAUCUUGAGGAGAAUUGUUAUAUAUUUGAGAAGGACAAGAAUGAUGGGAAAGACUUUGAUGUUCUGGAAUGGUGGAGAGUUCAUUCAUUGAAGUAUAAGAUUUUGUCGAUAAUGGCAAGAGAUAUUUUAGCUAUUCCGAUCACCACUGUUGCUUCUGAGGCUACAUUUAGUGCGGGAAGUAGAGUAAUAGACAAAUAUCGUGCAUCAUUGACUUCAGAUACGGUUCAAGUGUUGAUGUGCGGAGGAGAUUGGCUGAGAAAACGCUUUGGAGUGAAGAAAAAAUCUUUGAGCGACAAAAAAACAAUAUAUGUAAAUUUGUCUCUUGAUGGUGAUGUGCCAAAGGUUUGAGAGCAUAACAACAAGAACGACUUCAUUACGUGGACUUUGUCACUUUUGAACAAACAUGGGUUUAGAAAGAUUUUUGGAUUUUGAUAAAUGUAAAUAAUUUAUUUUUAUUCAAAUGGUUUAUUGACAAAUUUAAUCUUUAUAUAUUGUGGUUUCUAUUUGGUUUUAUGAAUUU